UCUCUCUCUCUCUCUCUCUGUGUUUGCCGUUGAAUCUUGUCAACUUUUUACAAUUCAAUCUUUUCUUGUAGUAUCAGAAACUUUUAAAUGAUCCAUCUUGCAAUGUUACUUUGCAUAAUCAUUGAUCAAGAUCGAGCUUUUUAGGCCGUAGGCUAAAUUCUAUGCGCUUCGAUUCGUUUUGUUUUCUUUUUUAGCUAGAACGUAUAUUGAUGUAACGACCCGUUAGAGAGCUCUGAGUUUAGUCCAAAACUGCAUCAGGGUGAUAUAUGUGUUCACUUUUUUGUCUAUUUGAUUCCCAUUUUUGUCACAUUUUUUGCAUUCUUGCUCAUCUGAAGGGUCCAAAAAGAGGUGGGAAAGCUCCGGCGGCUGCGAAGAAGAAGCAGGAGAAAGUUACGAACCCUUUGUUCGAGAAGUGGCUGAGGCAGUUCGGGAUGGGCGGCGCACUUCCGCCGAAGUGGGAUUUGACCUGGUUUGUGAAAUUCCCUAAGACUGUUCAAAUUCAAAGGAAGAGGAGGAUUCUGAAGCAGAGGUUGAAGGUUCCGCCGGCUUUGAACUAGUUCACCAAGUCUCUUGACAAGAACCUGCUGACAAACCUAUUCAAGAUGCUUCUGAAGUAUAGGCCUGAGGACAAGGCAGCAAAGAAGGAGAGGCUCCUAAAAGAGGCUCAGACUAAGGCAGAAGGAAAAACUUCUGAGGCCAGAAAACCAAUUGUUGUGAAAUAUGGCCUUAAUCAUGUCACUUACCUUAUUGAGCAGAACAAGGCACAAUUGGUAGUCAUUGCUCAUGAUGUGGACCCGAUAGAGCUGGUUUUGUGGCUCCCAGCAUUAUGCAGGAAAAUGGAAAUUCCAUACUGCAUUGUGAAGGGCAAGGCCCGCCUGGGCACAAUCGUCCAUAAGAAAACUGCGUCUGUUUUGUGCCUGACAACGGUGAAAAAUGAGGACAAGUUGGAAUUCAGCAAAAUCUUGGAGGCUAUUAAGGCUAACUUCAAUGACAAAUACGAUGAGUACAAGAAAAAGUGGGGUGGUGGGAUCAUGGGCUUAAAAUCCCAAGCCUAAACCAAGGCCAAAGAAAGGCUUCUUGCCAAGGAAGCUGCUCAGAGAAUGACUUAGGGCUAAAGAAGAAAACUGUGCGAAAAUGUUAUCUCCUGUGGCUCUGUAUGAUGGGAGACUUGUUUCUUACUUUGAUAUGUCUUCGGAUUUGAUAUUGACUUCUAGAUUAAGGUGUAAAGUGCAUCUUCUUCCCUAGAACUCAACGGACAAUGAAUUGACAUCCCUCUUGGCCA